AUCUAUCUGAUCAUAACCAGCAAGAUAUACUUCGGGUCGCUCUACGCUACGUACCCGCGGCCAAGAGCGGGUAGGGAUUGUCGUUGUCGGCUCGCUAUCACUACCCUGGGGGUUUGCUGAUAGGAUGCUUGUCUGCACGAAGAUGAUCUUCGAAUCACACUACUGAAGAGAGGACUAUGUAGAUUGUGUCCCUCGCUGUCAGUACACCGUUGGUCUAUAUUAGACCAUUGGGGUUCGACACCCUGGUGAUCCACCCUCAAGCUCUCACACACUACAACACGCAACCACGGUUCUCCAGCUCAUAAGGCGUCCGACACCUUACAUUCAUCGUCUUGCAGUCAUUGUCUGAGCCUUUUGGUUCUUGUCCUUUUAUUCUUAAUGAUUGGUUUUGUUCUCGGUAACCCCCCGACAUGGUGAUUCCAUACGAUAGCGACUCAGAGAGUCUAAAUUCCCUCACGCGGAUACCAAAAACAACAAAAUCGGUUUUACCUUUUCGUCCUCUGGUACAACCCCUGACACAGAAAACCAACUACAACCACACUUGCCCAGCAAGCGAAUGGAGGAGUCAUGAAGCUCCGUCUUCUGUCACCGUCGAGUUGUCGGUACCAUCACCGGCCACUUCAACUUGCUCUGCCUCGUCAGGACACGGGCAAGACAUUUUCACCGAGCCGGAAUCAACUGGCUCUACAGCGCCGUCGUCGCCGAGAACUCCGUAUCCCAAACGCGAACUUUGGGAUCAUCCUAUAGCCCUUCAUCCACAGAAUGCCGCACGACCAGAAAUGGAACCUUCAGAAUUCAUACCCAAAGUGGACGAGCUCGCACCCGUCCAGCAAGGGUGUCGAGUCCCCAAACUACCUGGAGUCAGGAACAUCUUCCCCGAACUGGAACCAAAACCAAGACCAGGGUGCCCCCCAGAAAUCAGCAGCAGCAACCACAGUCUUCCCCUCAAACCGAAGCUGGAGUCUCCAACAACAUCGUACGUACACAUUCCGACUGUACGUGAUGUACCCGCCAAGACCAAUAGGAUUGAUUUCUCACAGACCUAUAACUGUGUAUCAUGGCCGCCGUCCGAUUACAUCACCAGCUUCCUCAAUGGCGGGCGACCAGCUUGGCAAGUUGAGCUGGCGACUCCUUCAGGACUCCCUAGUAAAUUCGACACACAAGACUUGCUCGUCAAUGCACUAGAUAUCCGUAUGUGGCUCGCGAGACGUCAGCAAGAGCGGCGCAAGGCCGAAGCAGAACGUAGAAACAUCGGGAAGCCAGUUUACGUCCAGUCCAAGGGUAGGGGCUUGCACCACGUCGUUCCCGGGCACCAUUACGGUGCCUUGAGCCAAGUCCAACAUGGCGCAAUUACUAAGACGCCACGCAAACAACCCCACUGCAACAAGAAGUACACAAUGACGGAACUGCACUUCGUUCGAUAUCACAUCAUGGAUUUGAAAAUGUCAUGGGAUCAUGUUACCGACAUCUUCGAAAUAGAGUUUCCAGACCCAGACCACAAGCGUGAAAGGCAAGGGCUCCAAGGCUCAUACUACCGGGCUAACAAGAUUAUCCGAAAGUUGGACCUACACACCAACCAACUCUGCUUCCGCGAGGACGGUCACAUUGCCGUGGAGAAUAUGCCCGUGCGUACACAAACCAAUUUUGAAAACAAGCACUAUUGGACAUUGGUCAACCUGUGGCCCGAAUGCGCCGUCAAAUAUCCGUGGGUGACGCCCGAACACCGGCAGCUGGCUGCCGAGUUGUGUAGGUUGCCCCUGUCCCGCAGAAACGUCGUCGCCUAACACAUUUUACCAGCGGAGAAAAGGAAGCUCGAACGGGCAGAAGCCAAACGAACAGCAAUACAGAAUGGAACGUGGGUUGAGACACUGGACGGCGGCUGCGGAUGCUGCAACACGCAAAAGCGCCUCAAGCAAUAGCUCGGCAUCACGACGACACUUGUACUACUACCAUACACUUACAACUAUCCCUCUGUCUACCUAUAUUACGCUUGGUUGAACUCACAUUCUGACGAUAUACAACGACAUACUUGCCUACUUACCUGCCUUACUUAUCGCCAUCUCUUUAACUACUUCCAUCCUGCACACGCUUCACCUCCGAUCCACGAUUUUCCUUUGUAUAUACAGGACCGGCGGGUAAAGGACG